AUGGACAUAGAUCAUGUGGUACUGGAUAAAGAGGCGAUCGGCCGAUUCGAACAGUAUACAUUGACAAAGCCCUCGCUUAAUGGAGGGAUACCCUUGGAUAGAUGCCAAGAUGCCGAAUCGAUGGCAUCUAAUAGCAAAAAGAGAGCGCAAACUUCGCGUCAGAAAGUCGUUUGUUGUUUUUGUUUUAAAACAACUAAGUAUAGAAGAAAACAAUUUAUUAUCGGAUCUCUCACGAAUGUUGUGAUAUUUUCAAUACUGCUGGCCUAUACAUUUUUGGGUUCGUUUAUAUUUUUAGCAAUCGAAGGAGGCGUUGAAAUGCCAGCACGACCCCGACUAUUACCAGAUAGACAAAAAACAAGUCAUAGAGAACACAAUAAUACAAACAAACGACAUUCUGAGGAGGAUUAUGAAUAUGGUAAUUUGACUCUUUCGGCGAACUACUUCUGGGAUGCAAGAAGUCGAGCUGUAGAAAAUAUCUGGGAAAUAACAGUAUCACUAAAUAUUCUCUACAGAGAAAAUUGGACUAGAUUAGCCGCACAGGAGAUCUUAAAGUUUCAAAACGAGCUAGUGCAGAGAGUAACUACCGAAAUGGCCUCACAGUAUGGAGUCAGUUACCGGGAGAUGGCACUCGGUGAAUUUGGAGGUGGCGAAGUUAGCAACCAUUAUGAGGAGCAUGAAUGGAAUUUAGCACUGGCAUUUUUCUAUUCACUUACAGUCCUGACUACAAUAGGUUAUGGAAACAUCGCUCCGAGAACUAUCAUAGGAAAAGGCGUUACUAUUCUUUAUGCUCUUAUUGGAAUACCAUUAACUUUGGUGUAUCUCUCAAGCGUUGGAUCGUUGUUAUCGAAAAUGGCAAGGAGCGUAUUCAGUAGAGCAUUGUGCUGUUGCCUUUGUUCUAAUUGUGGUUACUGCUGUUACGACGAAAGACGAAUGGCUGAAAAAGAACGAAGAAUGAAGUUAAAAAGACAGCAAGAAGAAAUGCUUAACAGUCAAAAUACUAGUAAAACACCAACAGAAGAAUGCUACGUCCUGAAACCCGACAGUCAAAAAGAUUUAUCCAUAUCAGAACGACCGACAACUAGUACUGCCAAAGAUGACAUCAUAAGUUGGCCUGAUACUGAUUCUAAAUUGUCAAUGCACGGUUUGAGUAUACUAGCGCCAGUAUUACUUUGCCUUGCAGCUAUAUUUAUUUACAUAAUUAUAGGAGCAGUUGUAUUAUACAAACUAGAUGAUAUGAGUAUCAUAGACGGAUUUUAUUUCUGUUUCAUGGCAUUAAGUACAAUAGGUUUCGGUAAUAUCAUACCAGGAAUGAGCUAUACCACUAUUAGUGGAGUAAGAUAUUAUUCUACUAAUUCCACUACCCUAUGGUUCUGCUCUGCUUACACUCUUACUGGGUUAGCUUUGACUGCCAUGUGUUUCGGUGUAAUACAUGACGAAAUUAUAUACAGAAUUAAACACCAACAAAAAGAGUGGUCCCAGAAAGGAAACGCUGUUAAUGACGAAGUUAUUUUAAAUGAUCCUUUUUACAUGACUUCCUGA